GCCCGCCCCCUUCAGCACGCGGGACUUCCGGCUUUCCUAUCGCGAGAUCUUCCUGGUGGCGUUGGGCAGCAGAUACUGAGUCCCUGCCGGCGGGUUGUGGCCUGUUGGUGUGUCUUGGCCUGUCUCGGAGGUGCUGGUCCCGAGCCAUGGAGUACAUGACGGAACCCGUUGAGCGCAGCCCAGGACACAUCUUGUGCUGUGAGUGUGGUGUCCCAAUUAGUCCAAAUCCUGCCAAUAUUUGUGUGGCCUGUUUACGAAGUAAAGUUGACAUCAGCCAAGGUGUUCCAAAGCAGGUCUCCAUUUCUUUCUGCAAACAAUGUCAAAGAUAUUUUCAGCCACCAGCAUCAUGGGUACAGUGUGCUUUAGAAUCCAGGGAACUUCUUGCUUUGUGUUUGAAAAAAAUCAAAGCUCCUCUGAGUAAGGUUCGGCUUGUCGAUGCAGGCUUUGUUUGGACUGAGCCCCAUUCCAAGAGACUUAAAGUUAAAUUGACAAUUCAGAAAGAGGUGAUGAAUGGUGCUAUCCUGCAGCAAGUGUUUGUGGUGGAUUAUAUUGUUCAGUCCCAAAUGUGUGGAGACUGUCAUAGAGUAGAAGCUAAGGAUUUCUGGAAGGCUGUGAUCCAAGUCAGGCAGAAGACUCUGCACAAGAAAACAUUCUACUAUCUGGAACAGUUGAUUCUAAAAUAUGGAAUGCAUCAGAAUACACUACGUAUUAAGGAGAUUCAUGACGGUCUGGAUUUUUAUUAUUCUUCAAAACAACAUGCUCAGAAGAUGGUGGAGUUUCUGCAGAGUACAGUUCCCUGUAGAUACAAAGCAUCACAAAGAUUGAUCUCCCAGGAUAUUCAUAGUAACACAUACAAUUACAAGAGUACUUUUUCUGUGGAAAUUGUUCCAAUAUGCAAGGAUAAUGUUGUCUGUCUAUCACCAAAACUGGCACAGAGCCUUGGAAAUAUGAGCCAGAUAUGUAUUUGUAUUCGAGUAACUAGUGCCAUCCAUCUCAUAGACCCAAACACCCUACAAGUUGCAGAUAUUGAUGGGAACACUUUCUGGAGUCAUCCUUUCAAUAGCUUAUGCCAUCCUAAACAGCUCGAAGAGUUUAUUGUGAUAGAAUGCAGCGUAGUCCGAGAUCUGAAGCGAAGCGCAGGGGCAGGAGUGAUCUCAAAGAGGCACACCCUUGGGGAAGUCUGGAUCCAGAAGACAUCUGAAAUGAGUACAGAUAAACAGUAUUUUUGCCGGACUCACUUGGGACAUCUUUUAAAUCCUGGAGACCUGGUGCUGGGAUUUGAUUUGGCCAACUGUAACUUAAAUGAUGAGCAUGUCAACAAAAUGAACUCAGACAGAGUUCCAGAUGUGGUGUUAAUUAAGAAGAGUUAUGACCGUACCAAACGCCAGCGCCGUAGAAACUGGAAACUGAAAGAGCUUGCAAGAGACAGAGAAGAUAUGGACACAGAUGAUGAAAGGCAAUAUCAAGAUUUUCUUGAAGAUCUUGAAGAAGAUGAGGCAAUUAGAAAAAAUGUCAACAUUUACAGAGAUGCAGCCAUCCCCGUGGAAAGUGACACAGAUGAUGAAGGAGCACCUCGAAUUAGUCUGGCUGAGAUGCUUGAAGACCUUAGUAUUUCUCAAGAUGCCACUGGUGAAGAAGGUGCAUCAAUGAUGUCAUGAUGAGUCAUAUUAUAUGCUAUUUGCAUAUCUGUGGCCUCAGGAAGCUGGAAAAACCUUCAUUGUAUAGUACAUGUAUUCCCUUAUAUUUUGAAAGGAGAAAUUUGACCUUAAACUUGAGUAAAUUACUAUUGAUUGUUCACUUAAAGUGUUGUAAAGGUUUCAUAGUUUGGUUGAUAGAUAAUAAGAGAUUAGAUGGAAUUUAAUUGUUACUGAUAUUUAAGCCACCUCAUGUAUGCAGUUUUAUUGGCUUGAUUUUUUAAUAUAGGAGGCACUUACUACUAUAGUGCUGGAUUCAGAUGACUAAAAGUUAGGGUUUUUUUGAGUAUUAACCAAAUAUUGGAACAUAAAUCAGCCUCUUACAUUGGUUUUAUAUUGAUUGAUUUAUGAACAUAUAAAAAUAUGUCUGAAUUACUUGAUAUAAACUAAUGUAUUUUGGUUCACUUUAGAUCACUUUUAUAUCCUAGGGGUAGGAAAAUGAAGGUUCAGUUGAUCAUUAGACAGUUGGGAAGCUAAUCUUUUUAUUUCUACCUAGAAUUAGCAUCUUCAUCUUUCUUCCCCUUUUCUGAGGUUAAACCCAAGGCCUUGUGCUUCUAAAUUUGGUGUUCUGUCCUUGAGCUGCAGCUUUAGCUCUGAAAAAAAUUUUAACUGAGGGUUAUUUUUUAUAGAUGUUUAGGGAAUGCAUACUAAUUUUAUAGGUUAAGUAACUAUUUUUUUUAUUCUACCUCAGGCAGCAGCUUAGGGUGAUAGCUUGCUUAUAUUAUAAAAAUGUCUGGCACUUGUAUCAUAAAUAAAGUUUUUAAAUUUUGUGUUUCAAAUUGGGAAGAAAGACUUUUUCUCUGUAAGUUUCUGUCAUUGAACAUAACUCAUCUUCAUCAGCAAGAAUGUGAUUAUAGAUGAUGGAAUAGGAAGAUCUUUUAUGAGACCUAGAAUAAAGCCUUUCAUGGUCUGAAAGAGUAUUGGCUUGGAUGUAAAAACUAUUUGAAAAUGAAGUUUUAUGAUCUUGUUUCUAUAAGCAACAUCAUUUGUUAAACACUAUAGUGAAUGUCUUUACUUAGCCUGUAUAUGCCAUUGGAGAUGGAAACUAGUGCUCAGUGUCUUUUAAGAUUCAACUACCAGAGUUUUGCAAUUAUGAAUAAAGGCUCAAACAUUCUGUAGUCCUU